AUUAGGUGGAAAGGCGACAAUUUGGGAUAUUUGUUCUAAAUUCGGAAUUGCAGAAGGUACUGUUCCAUUAUUUACAUCUAGGGUUAUUAAGGCUUUAAAGGAUUUAAAAAAAGAUGUUAUUGUCUGGCCACGUGGUGAUUAUCGACAAAAGGUUCAUAAAGGUUUUGAGGAGAUGCAUGGCUUUCCAAAUGUAAUUGGCGCAUUAGAUGGAUCUCAUAUGAAUUUACUCGAAGCUCCUAGUAAAUUAAAUAAAGAUGUUUAUAUUACACGAAAACGACGUUAUGCAAUUCAUCUUCAAGCUGUUAUAGAUCAUCGAGGAAUAUUUCUAAACUAUGAUCUUGGCUACCCCGCAUCAGUUCAUGAUGCUAAAGUAUUUCGAAAUUCUAGUUUAUAUCGUUGCAGGAAUCAGCUUUUCGAGGAAACUGAUUAUGUAUUAGCAGAUUCUGCAUAUCCAAUUUCACUAAAUAUAAUUCCUUCAUUUAAGGAUCCCUCGGGCUUAGAUAAAAAUCAGAAAAUUGCAUUCAAUCAAAAGCAUAGCAAAUCCCGAGUUGUAGUAGAGCAAGCAUUCGGUCGAUUGAAAAGUAGAUUUCGGUUAUUGCAAGAGCUAAGAACAAAAAAUACCAAAAUGGCAACUGAUUUAAUAGAAAUUUCAUUAAUUUUAUAUAAUAUCUUAGAAAAAAAUGAAGAUGAGUGGGAGGAACCUUCGGAGCAAAUAGUAAUGCAUCGAAUGCAAUUUAAUGAUAUUAUUACACGAAGGGGUCAGGCAAUUAAAGAAGCGGGAAAUAUUAAAAGACAGAAUUUAAUGGAUAUUGUGUUAAGUUAA